AAUAAAGUUUUAAAUUUUUCUUCUGCUAUUGCACGCUGGAUUUGUUCGGCUCAAGAAGGCUGUUCGGCUUUAUAAAGUAUUUAAUUUAAUUUUUCGGAUUCCAAAUAUUUAAUUGGUAUUUUAAUUAACAAAAAUUGAUUUAACUUUAAAUAAAUUAGAAAAAAAUGGAAAGCCUUAGACCAGGAAGUUUAACCACAGCUCAAAAAGAUGCUCUUAUUGAACAAGUAAAACAAGAAAUUGCUGUUGCCAGUGUACAUGAAUUUAUUACGAUUGUGACAAAGAAAUGUUUCCAAAAGUGUAUAGCAAAACCUGGUACUUCACUUGAUAGUUCUGAACAGAAAUGUCUUGCUAUGUGUAUGGACAGAUAUAUGGACACUCUCUCACUUGUGGGAUCUACGUAUUCACGACGGUUACAAAGAGAACGAGAACGAAUGUAAAUAGAAAUUGUUUAAUAAAUGGUAAUGUUAAAUAAA